AUGGAAUAUAAAGUAAGGGUUGAAUUGGAAAUUAUUGUAAAUGUAAUAAAUUCAGAUAAUAAAAUCAAAAGAAAAAUAGCUUUGCUAGGAUGUCAAGUAAAGGCAAGAAAAGAAGCAGUUGAAGCUGAAGCAAUUGAAUUGCAGAAUUGA